AUGACAUUCCAGUUGAUGACUGCAACCAAACACACCCUUAGUGACGGAGACUUGCCUGAAUGUUAUUUUCCUCCGCGUGAAGUGCUUACAAUUCUCAAAGGCUUCAACAAGUCCCGGAGGAGAUUGACAAGGUGCAGGCAAGAUCUCAAGUUCAUUGCUGUCUUUGUCUGUCUGAACAUUUUCUUAUUUGGAGUUGCAGCCGAUUUAUGGUGUAUCAACCGACUUGGCUUAGGAUGUAUUGUAGUUAGUUUGGUUGCAUCAAUCAACAAGUCUUAUUAUGUAUUGCUAUUGGUUUGGUACCAUCAAACGACUGGCCAGUUGGAAAAUCAGCGGGGAAAACAUGUACUGUAA